GUGUCGCCGCUGCUGGGCGAAGUGCCCCGCGCCGGGGGCCGCGCGGCGGCUGCAUGCCUGCAUGCGCAGCACAUCGCGCAGCUCUCGAAGGCGGAGGGCGUGGGCGCCUCGCCGCUGCUGGUGCCGCUUGCCGACUGCAUCUCGGCCGCCAUGGAGGCGCGAGAGGUGCAGGUCUGCCCUUCGCCGUGUACCCCUUGUCCGGCCUGCCCCGAGGCAGGCGACGCUGGGCUUUCGUGGUCAGUCCAGCUCGGCAUCGGGCUCUUGGGGCUGAUCUUCUUGGAGGCCGCGAAGCUGGUCCUGUCCGUCGCGGGGCGGCUCGUGGAUCGGCUCCGUCGCGCGCUCUUCGCUGGUGCCCCGACGGCCCAGGCCAGCGGCGGGCAGCUGCCGCUUGGGCUGGAGCAGAAGCCGCCUGUCGCGGCGCGCCCGGCGGACGAGGAGCCGAACUUCGCGGAGCUCGCCGUUGAGCAGGCGCGGGCCAGCCGCCUCCGGUACCGCGUGGCGGGGCCGCUGCUCUGGCACGGGCGGCUCACGUUGGGAGAGCGCGGCGCGUUGUCGUACAUCGUGACGCCGGACUUCGAGGACUACGACGAGGGCAACGCGCCGGGGCCCGAUGUGGCGGAGGUGGUCAGACUCGUGGGCCAGGGCGCGACGCCGGCGGCGCUGGUGGCUGGGCACGUUCAUCGGUUUCGCCGGCUUCCCACGGCCGCCGAGGCCUGGGCGGCCAUCGGCCGCGCGGUUGCUGCUGGGUGCCCGCCGCCCGCCCUCCAGAUGCUGAACCUCGAGCUCGCGCCGGGGAGCGUGCUGGGCGUCGCUGCCGGCGUACACGCUCUGGCCAACCCAGGCGCGCCUGCUGCUGCCGGUGCCGCGGUGGCGGGCCCCGCCGGAGCCGCUGCUGGCGUGGCUGGUGGAGUCGGCGCCCUCGUGGCUGCGAUGGGUGGGCCUCCUGGCGCCCCCGCAGUGCCAGGCGCCCUGGUGCCGCCCGCUGCUGGCGGCGCGGCGCCUGCUCCAGCGCUAGCCGCCCCAGGAGCGCUGGCCGUGCCAGCGCCCGCUGCGGCCGCACCAGCUGCGCCCGCGGCGCCGGCCCCAGCGCUGCCGCCGAUGCCACCGGCACCCGGCCCAGCGGCCCCGGGGGCUGGUGUGGCGCCUCCCGAUCCGCGUGUGCUGGCAGUCUGCUACGACAUGUUGGGGCAGCGACACAUUGAGUUCAGGGAGGGCGUGCUGCGGCUGGUAGAGCAUCCCUGGCCAGACUGGAGGCUGACUGGUCCUAG